AUGCCACUUCUCAACACUUCUCGUCCCUCUCCUGUCACCUUCUUGCUGAUGGGUAUCCCAGGACUAGAGCACCUGCAUGUCUGGAUCGGAAUUCCUUUCUGCUCCAUGUACGUGGUGGCUGUGGUGGGGAAUGUGACCAUCCUGGCCGUGGUGAGGGCAGAGCGAAGCCUCCAUGAGCCUAUGUUCCUUUUUCUGUGCAUGCUCUCGGUCACUGACCUGGUCCUCUCCACAUCUACGCUGCCCCGCAUGCUCUGUCUCUUCUGGCUUGGAGCCCAUGACAUCACCUUCGAUGCCUGCCUGGCCCAAAUGUUCUUCAUUCACAGCUUUACUACCAUGGAAUCAGGCUUUUUCCUGGCCAUGGCCAUUGACCGUUAUGUGGCCAUUUGUCAUCCACUGCACCAUGCCACCAUUCUCACCCAUAGUCGCAUCACUAUAAUUGGUAUUAUUGUGGUGAUUCGGGGCGUAGCCUUCUUUUCUCCACACCCUAUCCUGCUCAAACAGCUGUCUUACUGCAGAACACAAAUCAUUGCCCACACUUACUGUGAGUUUAUGGCUGUGGUGAAGCUGGCAUGUGUGGACACAGGAGCCAUCACGCGUUAUAGCCUCAGUGUGGCUUCUAUCAUUGGCUCAGGUGAUGCCAUUCUCAUUGCUAUAUCCUACGCUUUCAUUCUUCAUUCUGUAUUCAGUCUGCCAUCCCGAGAAGCUAGCUUUAAGGCUUUGGGCACAUGUGGAUCUCAUGUCUGUGUUAUUCUUGUCUUCUAUUCCACAACUGGUUUUUCCAUUUUCACUCACCGUUUUGGGAAAAAUGUGCCUGCACAUGUCCAUAUUUUUAUUGCAAAUAUGUACCUUUUGGUACCCCCUUUUCUCAACCCCAUUGUGUAUGGAGUAAGGACCAAGAAAAUACAGGAGCAUGUUCUUAGGGCACUAAGGGUCAAAGUGUCCUGA